GUUCCUAGCCCUGUCCCAGCAAAAAUUGUUGCAGUGACUCUUGCUACACAUUAACUGGGAGAAAAGUAAAAAAGUGAACCUUGAGAAGAGGACACGGGAGACGAGAAACAAAGACAUGGCUGCAUAUCUUGCAACUGCGGCUGCUAUCUUGGGCGUACGAAUGAUGUUGGACACAUUCGGGGGGAGGGAGAAGAUCAAUAAAGUCCUGGAAUCCAAGAUGGAAAAGGCCUUCCAGGACUUCAAGAAUAAAAUGAAAGCUCUGCAGGAAGACUUCAAAAAAUUGCAGUCCAGACAGAGAGAAGUUCAGCACCUCAGAGCAGAGUUGGGAAAGAACCCAGGAAAUAAAGAGGAGAAAAUUGCCUGGGCCCUGGAAUCUAAGUUGAGGAAGAACCUCUGGCAGCUCUCCCCCCGAAUUCAAACUCUGGAAGAGGAUCUACAGGAAUGGCCAAAGGCCACAAGGCAUGACCUUCUGCUUCUCAGAGCAGAACUGCAGAAGAAAAAAGGAAAUAAAGAGGAGGAAAUUGCAUGGGCCAUGGAAUCCAAGUUGAAGAAUAUCUGCCGGCAGCUCUCCGAAAUAAUUCACACUCUGGAAGGAGAUCUACAAGAAUGUCUAGAGACCACAAAGCGUGACCUUCUGCUUCUCAGAGCAGAACUGCAGAAGAAAAAAGUGGUUUCAGAAGCAGAGGCUUUCUUUCCUCUGGAGUGGUGAACCCAGGGUCCUUUGCCAUCAACUUUGACUGCAGUGAGGGUGGUCAGCAGAACUUGGAAUGGUCCUCUCCACUUGGCUUGUAGAGUGUCACUGUCCCACCACUUAACACAGACCCAGUCUCCAGGUUGGAAAGGAUCUGCAGGUGUGUCCAGUCUUAUAGAUCUGGAUGGCACAGUGUAAUUCUGGAGCUUCUGCAAAGUAGAACCUAAAUCCAUUAGAUAUUUCUGCAAAUCAAGUUUCCCCUUCAUGUGAAUUUUACCUGGAACAUGUGGAAUCUGAUAUGGCUGCCAUACAAUAUUUCAUAGGGACUGAUAUUAUCCCUUCGCCUUGGUUGUAUGUGGAUUCUCAGUAAAGCUAUAGGCAAGGCAUGAACUCAUGUCAUGGAUGUUUCCUGACAAAUUUUGCUAAUUUGUGUUUUGAGAAUCCCAUUAUUACAUUCAACUUUACCACUCACUUGGGGUCUAUAAGGUGUAGGUCUCAAGAAAUUCUCAAAAUCUGGCUAACUGCCUUAACCACUGUUGCAACAAAGUGUGGUCCCCUAUCUGAUGACAUCCCCAGAGGAACCCUGAACCUUGGACUUAUAUGAUUGAGCAAAGCUUUCACCACUUUCUUGGCUGUGUUCGUGCAACAGGACUAAGCUUCUAGCCAUCCACUGAAGGUGUCAGCUAAUACCAGUAUGGACCGGUAUACCUCCUUGCGUGGGAACUCUGCAAAAUCUGUCAGUUAAUCUCCAGGUGAAACAUAAACUUUAAGGAAUUUAGUGAUUUUAGAGAAGCUAAGAUUUUAGUUAGAGAUAAGCCUUACUAGAGUUAAUUAAAAUAAAUGAGUAGGCCUUGAUGAAGUUAAGAGUUAAUAGUUAACUAAUAAUUGAUUGCUUGUCAACACAAUGUUUAGUUAGCUGGGUUUAUAAUGAAGAAUAUAGAAACUGAAAAAUAGCUUUUAGGAACAUAAGACAAUUGUAGGCUUCCUCUGCUCUAAAGCCAAUUGAAGACAGGGAAUGGGAGUCCUACCAAGAGUUCAUUUGUCAUAUUUGCAUUGAAAAGGUAGAAAGGUGAGAAUGAGGAAGACUUCAUUUACUUCCUCAUUUUGGGACCCCUCCUCAUGAAAGGGACCACUGACCCAUUUCAAGGAACAAACUAUGCAUGCUUGAUAGCUUUUGAAAUUAUUAGCAUACAAAGCGAGGAAUGGGAUGUACCAAAAUGAUGAAUAUGUAUUUGUAUUUUGGGUAUUCAAUACUUGUGUGGAUAAAAGGACUCUGUAAUAAUUUGAGAGGCACGGUGUGUAUUUGGGAGCUAGCCCGCACGCUGCCUGGCGUCGCAAUAAACAUACUUUCUAACUUUAAACUGUUAGAGAGUUUUUGUCCAUCACAGUUGGAUAUCGGUACUAGAUCAAUAUCCAUAUUUCUUUAAUAAAUCACAGGAAGGUACCCUGCUUUUGUUACUCCUAACAUAACUCUUUCCCUUGUGUCAGGGUUGUUCUUACAACAGACUUCACAUUUGCUCACUACUGAUUGUACAAUGUCAGUCAUUCCCUUUCCUAUUACCUUUUUUAGGUGUUUUAGAAGAUUUUCAACCUCAAAAUGUGUAUUUUCAUGUUCCCUCUGGGCUAGCUCCCAAAGGAUCAGGGGUGAGACUACAACCUGAUUUGCUGGUGUGAUAGCCCAUCUACUUUCUGUGAUCUCAGCCUUAAGAAGCUUAAUUAGUUUGUAGUCUGCUUGGUCAUAUUUUGGAGUGAACUCUGACAAAUCAACCUCUUUUUGUGGAAUUACUGGGUGUCUCAGAUUGAGAAGCAAGAUGUUUUCUAUUGCCAUCUGUGUAGUAGUUGCCUUCUGUUAAGUGAGCAGUUUUCCUUAUCUCUAUCACAACCAAUCCUCUCUCAGGGGAGACAUCUGCUGAUAAUGUGCUAUUGAAUGUCACUGCGUGACUGGUAAGAACUAUAACAUCCCAUUGUGUGAUGCUCCGCACAGAGGGAGGAGCCAAGCAUUCCUAACUGGAUAUAAUCUGGGAUUUGGGGACAUCAGAGUCAGCCUUCCCAUAAGUUUCCAAGAGGAACAGCUGGGGUUUUCCAGUGGACCUUCAGAGGAAGACUACACCCUUCUACAGGAUCACUGCUCCAACAGAACCACAUCUGCCACUCCAGGAGGACUGCAGCCACUCCAAUUUGGACUGCUACCAACAUGUUGGCCAAAGGGGUGUCAGGUUGUUUUCUGACUCUGUCAGUGGUUUUUCUUUUGUAUUAUUGCAUGUAUUUUGUUUAUUUUCCCUUUUCCUAAUAAAUUGUAUUUCUGGC